ACAUAGGUCAGUAAGAUAUAUUUACGAUCAUUUUUCACCCUUAAUUUUUCAUCCUAUUAAUUGUUUGGUGUCAGAAAAUCAUCGUACGCGAGAAUCGUUCGGUCGUAGAACUUCAAAAUUCGCUCGUACGUACGUACAGUUUAUCGCGAUAAUAGAGAGGUUAGUCGGCGAUUAAUAUUUAUUAUUAACGCGUAGAAAAUCAUUGAAAAGAUACACAGGUAUGAAUAUUAUUUCCAAAGAUGGAUAGAAUAUCAUUGAAAAGCAAAAGCGGAUGAGUGCGCGCGCGUAUUAUAGUGCUGCGUGAUGCGCUAUAGGUGAGAGGAGAAAAGUAAGGGAGCGGCAGGGGUAGGGGUGAGUGCGAAAGAGAGAGAGAGAGAGAGAGAGAGAGAGAAUGCGUGAGCUUACAGUGUGUAAUAUAACACCUUUUUGCCAUAUUAAUUUGCUGUACGCGAAAAGAAAUCAUUUACAAGGGGAAGAAAUAAGAGAAACAGCACCUCUGUGAAUAGUCCAAUUGUUCCGGUCUUAUUUCGGAAGAAGGUCGAGAGUGAGUGUCUCCUCGCGCGUGUAUUUAAACAUGAAAAGAAGAGUAAAAAAAAAUAUAAGCCUCGACGAUGCAAUAAUGAUAACGAAGGAGACGAUGGUUGUGAUGGUGGUAGCGACGACGUAGGAAAAAGUGAAGGCGGAUGGAUGGAAUGGAUGGAUGAUGGUAGUUGUUGAUGGUGACUACGGUGAUGGUGGAGGCGGAGGCGGUGGCGAAGGUGUUGGAGGAGGAGGAGGAGGAAGAGGCGGAGGCGGCGACAGCAAUAAUGCGUAACGUAACGUAAAACGUUUGACGUUUACCGGCCAUGCGGUCUACAAAGUGUACCAAUAACAUCGACCUAUUCUCAAAUGCGUCCUUGUUAUCUCUGGACGUGACCUCAUUUUGUCCGAAGUCAAUUAUGUUACAUGCAACGAUGCUGAUAACCAGUAAGAUUUCAAAAUGGGUUGUUUUGGGAGCAAGGAUAAGUUGAGUAAAGAGGAUAUGGAAUUUCUUAAGUCACGCACGCGAUAUGACGAAACCACGAUCAAGGAAUGGUACAAAGGAUUCAAACAAGAUUGUCCUAACGGCAGAUUAACGCCAGCAAAAUUCGUGGAUAUGUAUAAAACGUUCUUUCCUUCUGGCCAUGCGGAAGAAUUUUGCGAUCACGUAUUCCGCACAUUCGACAUGGAUAAGAAUGGUUAUAUCGACUUUAAGGAAUUUCUCUUAGCUAUCGAUGUUACGUCCUGCGGUACACCGGAAGAAAAACUUAAGUGGGCAUUCCGGAUGUAUGACGUUGAUGGAAAUGGCGUUAUUGAUAUUCAAGAGAUGACUAAGAUCGUUCAAGCAAUAUACGAUAUGCUAGGUGCAUGUUCGAGCAACAGGCCAGCGGACAGCGCCGAAGAAAGAACUAAAAAUAUAUUUGCUAAAAUGGAUGAAAAUCAUGAUGGCCAAUUGACGCAAGAAGAAUUUCUCAAGGGUUGCCUUCAAGACGAAGAAUUAUCCAAAAUGUUGGCUCCUUAAUCUGAUUGGCCAAAAUAAAUCAGAAAAUUCAUUGACAUGCGUUUUGACCGAUUUUUAUGACGGAUUUCUGGAAUAAUGAAAUAAUUAUUACUACCGUCACUAUAUUUUUACAAUCUCUGUCGUUGCUGUUGUUGCUGUUGCCGCUGCUGUUGCUGCUGCCGCCGCUGCUACCAUCAACAACAACAAUGCGAUCACCAUCAACGGAACACCAUUAUUAAAUUAUCUCAAAACCACCACCGACCAUCACUUAAUAUCAUCGUCAUCGCCACCACCACUACCACUACCACUACCACUACCACCACCAUUACAGUUGCCAUCGUUUUAUUAUCACUUGUCGCCAAUGCAACGUCUUCUACGCUUCGCAGCAAUUCACACCCUUCGUCUUUUUAUGAGAUUAUGUGACCAGAUAUAACAAUAACGAUGACUAUGACUAUGACUAUAAUUAGACGACGAAUGAUUUAUAUUUUUUGUUUAACACGUAAAAGAAAGUCACGACAUAGGCGGUGGUGGGGUUUAUCAUCAUCGUCAAGAACACCGAUAAUUUACGAACACUUUUAACAAUUUUUAAUUCCAACUUAAUCUACAGAUAUAUAUAUAUAUAUAUAGAGGAAAUUUAAAACAUUUAAAACAAAAAGAAACAAAAAAAAAAGGACAGAAAAGAAAUGAUAAAGUUGAAAUAUACUUUGUGAGAUUAAGGACUUACUCGCGCGCGCGCGCAUAACAAAAAAGAAACUAUAAUUAUAUGCUGCGAGCGUAUGACCUUAACUUUGAGGUUAAUCUUUUUCAAGUCAAUCGCGUUAUUUGAUAAUGCGAUAUUUUGUCACUUGAUUAUUAAGAUUUGUUCUCACUCGAAAAUCUGUGAACAAGCAA